AUGUCUGAAUUCAUACGCAGAGCGUCAGACGCAUUCCAUCGUCAGCGUCAAGGCUCAGCGGCCUCGACGGGAUCAACAGAUGAGCCGGCGUCCCCUAAUGCCGCAAAGCCUCCCACGCAGGAGCCAGUGAAAAAGGCACAGUCUGCUCCAGCUGGCUCCCAGGCCAAAGAUACUGGUGCUGGCACAACAGCGACUGGGCCUGAAAAUGUAAAGCAACGCCGCCAUUGGGGCUGGAGAAAUCAGCAGGCCAAAAACCCCGAAGCAAAGCAGCAGCCAAGUCAAGGGCAGAGAGACAAUGACUGGGUUAUUGGCUCCUGA